AUGUCAAACAGGCCGUAUGCAGAUCCGUUUAAUGAUAGGAACCCGAAUGAGCAAUCAGAUAUUCCACCACAAAGGAUUGCUUUAGCCGAUGACCAAUUCAGUCCAUUCCCGUCAUCAUCGUCAGUCAACUUAAACGCGGGACAAACUACACCAUACGAUUACCCACCUUCAUCUUUCUCCCACUCUAACUUAGGUGCAUACCCACCUUCAAAUCCAGAUGAAGAUUCAGAGGCAAAGAUGCCUUUAACAGCUGAUAAUAGAUUACAACCAUAUUACCCUGCUGGCUUUGAUCCAAGGACUUACGGUGAUCCAUAUUCAAGCCCAUACGAGGAACCUUCUUCUAAUGCUUUGUCUGCUGAAGCUGAUUGGCGUCGUAGACAAACUAUUAAGAGGGAUAGAGCAAAAACUGUCAAAGUUAAACUUACCAAAGGUCACUUUAUUCACGAAUUUCCCGUACCAACAGCAGUUAAGAACGCUUUUGAACCAGUUUAUAAGAACAACACUUCAACCAGAGAAUUCUCUCAUUUGAGAUAUACCGCCGCAACUUGUGAUCCAGACGAUUUCACUACUGAAAAUGGUUGGUCUUUAAGAGCUUCAAAUUAUGGCAGACAAACUGAACUUUUAAUUGCUAUCACUUCUUACAAUGAGGAUAAAAUUCUUUACGCACGUUCUCUUCACGCUGUUAUGUUGAAUAUUCGAGACAUUUGUAAAACUCGUCAAUCAAAAUAUUGGAGAUCAGCUGGUCUUGAAGGUGGUCAACCAGGUUGGCAAAGAAUCGUUGUAGCUUUAAUCACUGAUGGUUUAGAACCUAUGGAUAAAACUGUUUUAGAUUUAUUAGCUACCAUUGGUGUUUAUCAAGAUGGUGUUAUGAAAAAGGAGAUUGAUGACAAGCAGACUGAAGCUCACAUUUUCGAAUACACUACACAACUAUCAGUAGAUACUACACCUCAACUGAUUGUACCACAUGGAGAUGAUCCAAAUAAUUUGGUUCCUGUUCAGAUUAUUAUGGUUGCAAAAGCCAAGAAUCAAAAGAAGAUCAACUCUCAUAGAUGGUUAUUUAAUGCUAUCGGUAGAAUGUUACAACCUGAAACUUGCAUUCUUCUUGAUGCUGGUACAAAGCCUUAUAAAAAAUCACUUUACUACAUUUGGGAAGCUUUCUAUAAUAAUAAAAAUUUAGGUGGUGCUUGUGGUGAAAUUUAUGCUCAAUUAAAAGGCGGUAAAAAGCUUAUUAAUCCAUUGGUUGCCGCUCAAAAUUUCGAGUAUAAGAUUUCAAACAUUUUGGAUAAACCACUUGAAUCAGCCUUUGGUUAUGUCUCUGUUUUACCAGGUGCUUUCUCUGCUUAUAGAUAUAGAGCGAUCCAAGAUAGGCCACUUGAACAAUAUUUCCAUGGUGACCACUCUAUGGCUGAAAGGCUUGGUGAUAAAGGUAUUAAUGGAAUGAACAUUUUUACAAAAAAUAUGUUCUUGGCUGAAGAUCGUAUUUUAUGCUUCGAACUCGUUGCAAAAGAGAAUGCUAGAUGGACUUUAUCAUAUGUUAAAUCAUCAAAAGCUGAAACUGAUGUUCCAGAAGAAGGACCGGAAUUAAUUUCUCAAAGAAGAAGAUGGUUAAACGGUUCAUUUGCUGCAUCAGUUUACGCAAUUGCAAACUUCUUUAGAUUAUAUAGAUCAUCACACGGUAUAAUUAGAAUGUUCUUCUUGCACAUUCAGUUGAUUUUCAACACUAUUAAUUUGGUUUUCUCCUGGUUCUCAAUUAGUUGUUUAUGGCUUACAUUCUCGAUUGUUAUUACACUUCUAUCCAAAGAAGGAACAUCAGAUAGUCCAAUUUAUUCGUUCGGUACACCAGUAGUUACAUAUUGGUUCAAUAGAUCAUUUCAAUGGAUUUGGGCAUUCUUCGUCAUUUGUCAAUUUGUUUUCGCUUUAGGAAACAAACCAAAGGCCGAGCGUGUCUUCUAUAACAUCUCAUUUUUUGUUUUCGGUAUACUUGGUCUUUAUCUUAUCUAUUCAGCGAUUUUCCUUACCAUCAAAGCCUUUGUAGGCAUGAAAUUCCCUGAUGGCACUGAUUCAAUAAUAGAUAGGUUGGGAUACGUUUUACAAUCUGACAAUUCGGUUCUUGUCGCUUCUUUAGCUGCGACGUUCGGUAUUUACUUCAUCGCGUCUUUCUUGUUUGGAGAUCCUUGGCAUAUGUUUACAUCAUUCCCUCAAUAUUUGUUAAUGGCUCCCUCAUUUAUUAAUGUCCUGAACGUAUACGCUUUCUGUAACCUUCAUGAUGUUAGUUGGGGUACGAAAGGUUCAGAUAAAGAUGAUGCGUUGCCUGCAGUCAAAUCCAAGAAAGAAAAAGGUGGUGAAGCAACUGCUGAAACAAAUGUUAUGAAGCAAAAGGAUAUUGACGGUGCAUUCCAAGAAACUGUUAAAAGAACUGUUGCUACAAAGGUCAAGGAAAAGUCAGCACCAGAAAAGCCAUCACAGGAUGAUGAGAAUAGGAAGUUUAGAUCUAGAUUAGUUUUAUUCUGGUUAUUAUGCAAUAUGAUCGUCGUUGUCAUAGUGCAAAGCGCAGAUGGAUUAGAACCAACGGUACCAACGGUAGAUUUAGAAGGAAAUGACGAUUAUGAUGAUAUAAGAGAUCAAUUUAUAGAAGAUUCUAGAGGAUAUGAAAAAUGGUUGACUAAAAAGCAAUCAAUGUUCUUUAAAACUAUCCUUUGGACAACUUUCGGUAUUACAGCAUUUAAAUUUAUUGGUGCACUUUACUUUUGGAUAAAGAUGAAUGCUUUCAGAUGCUGUCGUAAGAAUUAA